CAAGGAAGGGGGACUGCGCCGCCACCUCCCCCAAAGUUCCCCAGCACCCCAAAUUCUGGCAACCCGUCGCCUCUUCCCGACCCGGCUAAAGGGCGAUGCCACCCUGGGGUCGGCCCAGCUUCCAGCUGACUGAGAACCUUUUUCCCGUAAGGGGGUGGGAGGAAUGCUGCGGGAAAGGCAGGGCCGCGCAAGGCGGGAGGAGGGCGCACCGGGUGAAGGGAGGGAGCCGCCCCCAGCCCCCACCUCCUGCGCACCGCUCCGCAGUGCCUGGCGCGCCCGCGCACGCUCACUCGGGGCGCCGAGCGGGCGGGGCGGCGCUGACGUCAUCCACUGACACCCCCCCAUCCCCCGGGCGAGGGGCGGUGGCCGCACAGGCUCCACGGGACAGACGCACGGACGGACCCGGACUGAGGGACGGGCGCAGGGCCAGGCCAUGCCCGGGGAGGCGACCCGCGCGGAGCUGCUGCUGGCAGAGGCAGGCGGGCCUGGGUCCCGCACAGAUCGGUCCUGCGACGUGGCUGCGGCCACCACCCCGAGAAGGGACAGGCUGGAGCCCUGUGCCCUGACCCCCGGGCCCAGCGCCCUGGCUCUCACAUUCCUGCCCAGCAAGCCCGGUGCCCGGCCCCCACCUGAGGGAGCCAGCUGGGAUGCAGGGCCCCACCGGGCACCCUCGGCCUGGGCAGUCCCGACAGAGGGUGGCCCCAGCCCAGGGCCCCCCGAGGUCCAGCCCACUGAGAGGCCUCUCCCAGGCACCCUGGAACCCCGGAUUGUGAUGGGCGAGGAGACAUGUGGGGCACCCCCGCCGUCCCGGGAAGCCCUGCCAGAGCUCAGGGACCAGGAGGGUGGGCCUGCCAGCCUGAGCCCACCCCCUGCGUUGUGUUCUCAGGGUGACCUUGCUGUGCCUUUCCCUGCCUUGGACCCCGAUUCCUACUUCACGCCUCCCUCCACCCCUAGUGAGACCGCUGCACCCCUGCUUCCCAAUCCCGGGGAUGCCCAGGCUGAACCCGGGGACUCGCCACCCACCUCGCCCUCGGGCUCCUACGUCACAGCGGAUGGGGACAGCUGGGGCUCAUCCCUGUCCUGUUCCCUGAGCCUGCUGGCCCCAGAUGAAGGGCUGGACGUGCCCUCAGCCUGGGGCUUCUCCCCACCAGGAUCCGAGGCCGACGAGCAGGAGCUGCCCCAUGUGGGGUCCCCAGGGUCCCUAUCCCCAGAGUCCAGCCUCUCAGGGGACAGCAGCUCUUCCUGGGACCAGGAGGGCCACUUCUUUGAGCUGGACCUUCUGGCCAAUGACCCAAUGAUCCCAGCUGCCCUCCUGCCUUUCCGGGGCAGCCUGAUCUUCCAGGUGGAGGCUGUGGACGUGACGCCUCUAGCCCCCGAAGGGGAGCAUGGGCAGCAGGAGGCCCCUGGCGGGGACCUGGCAGGCGAGGACGACAAUGACAGCACUUUCGCGUCCUCCCUACAGUCGCUGUCUGACCUCUCCAUCACCGAGGGCGUGGACGAGGCCUUCGCCUUCUGGGACGACAGCUCAGCCGCCUCCUCCGACCCGGACUCGGCCUCCUACGCAGGGGCGGAUGAGGAGAGGCUAUACAGCGGGGAGCCCCACGCGCAGCCCCCCACCCGGCUCUCGGAUGGCCCUGAGGAGGAGGCCUCUCCUGGCGUCUCCCAGGGAGAGGCCAGCUGGGCCACCGAGGUCACCGGGGCGGGCCCCACCUCAGGCCGGGUGUCCGCUGCGGCCCUACAGGAAGCCCCAGGCCUCACAGGGGUGACCCCUCAGGCCCAGCAGGGAGGGGUGGGCUCUUCCGUAGGAACAGCACCUGUUGCCACAGCCACACCUGAGCCCCUGGAGGAGGGGGCUGGCUCUGCCUUAGGCCUGGAGUCCCCAGCCCCUCCCUGGACCACGCAGUGGGAGGUGGGCCUUGACGCCGGCCCAGAGGCUCAGCAGAACCUGGAGGAAGAUGCAGGCCAGGUGCCCCCGCUGGGUGGAGAGAACCCUCUCACUGUGGUGACCACACGUCUGUCCCUGCAGGAUGCAGGCCUGCCCUCGGGCCAGGGGCCUGCCACUGCAGCCAACCCUCGGGCCCUGCAGACAGAUGCAGGAUACAUCCCAGGGACUGAGCCCAUGGCCACCACAGCCCAGUGGGAAAGAGACCAGACCUUGGGACUGAAGCCACUGCCUGAGGAGAACUCAGGUGGCACUGGAGACCUGGAGCCUCCAGCCUUGGACCAGACUCAACAGGGUGGCCCAGAGCCAGCUGCAGACACCGGGACACCCUGGGCCUCGCAUGGAGAUACAGGUCCCCCCAAGCCCGCCUCAGAGAUCCCAGAUGUCCCCAAGCCCGUUGUGCAGGCCCCAGACAUCCCUGAACCCACCUCGGAGACCCCAGACCCCCUAGAGCCCACCAUGGAGGCCCCAGACACCCCUGAACCCACCUCGGAGACCCCAGACCCCUUAGAGCUCACCAUGGAGGCCCCAGACACCCCUGAACCCAUCUCGGAGACCCCAGACCCCCUAGAGCCCACCAUGGAGGCCCCAGACACCCCUGAACCCAACUCGGAGACCCCAGACCCCUUAGAGCCCACCAUGGAGGCCCCAGACACCCCUGAACCCAUCUCGGAGACCCCAGACCCCCUAGAGCCCACCAUGGAGGCCCCAGACACCCCUGAACCCAACUCGGAGACCCCAGACCCCUUAGAGCCCACCAUGGAGGCCCCAGACACCCCUGAACCCAUCUUGGAGACCCCAGACCCCCUAGAGCCCACUAUGGAGACCCCAGACACUCCUGAGCCCACCUCGGAGACCCCAGAACCCCUAGAGCCUACCAUGGAGGCCCCAGAUGCCCCUGAGCCCACCAUGGAGACCCCAGAAACCCCUGAACUCACCUCGGAGACCCCAGACACCCCUGAACCCACCUUGGAGACCCCAGAACCCCUAGAACCUACCAUGGAGGCCCCAGAUGCCCCUGAUCCCACCAUGGAGACCCCAGAAACCCCUGAACUCACCUCGGAGACCCCAGACACCCCUGAACCCACCUUGGAGACCCCAGAACCCCUAGAACCUACCAUGGAGGCCCCAGAUGCCCCUGAUCCCACCAUGGAGACCCCAGACACCCCUGAACCCACCUUGGAAACCCAAGACAUCCCCAAACCUGCCUUGGAGGCCCUGGACACCCCCAAGCCCAAUGCAGAGAUCCAGAACUGCCCACAUCCCCCCCCAGAGGCCCUGGACCCUCCAGACCUCCCCAAGGAGGCCUUGGGCCCCCCCAAGCCAGCCUUGGAGAUCCUGGGCCCCCCGCAUCCCCCCACAGAAGCCCUGGACGCCCCUGGACUUACUUCUGGUGGGGAGGAAGCAGCUGAGGGCCUGCUGGCACCCAACAGAGUGGCCUGUUCCUAUGCCCGCCUGCCUUGUGGAGGGAGAGCUGAGCCCUGCUUGCCCCUGAAGGAGGCCCCAGGAGUUGAGAACCAGGGGGCUGGAGGCCUCAAGCCAGCACCCCAGAGCACUGGGAAGAGUCCUGGAAGUGGCUGCCCCAAGGUUGGCCUGGUGCAGCCGCCGAGCACAGCAAAGGAGGAGCGAGCCACCCUGGGACCCCAGCUUCCUGCCACCAUGGCCUCAGAGGCCAAGCUGGGCUCUUGCCCAGAGUUUCCAUCAAGGGCUGUGCCCAGGCCAGGUGGGGGCUGCCCUGAAGAGCCUGCCCCCACGUCUCCACCGCCCUCCCCGCUGUCGCCACCACUGCCGGAGCCUGUGCGAGGCCCAGGCAGUGAAGAGCAGGCCCAGGCGGUACCUGGAAUUCUUGGCUCGUCCUCACCGCAGCCCCAGGACAGGCUCCCAGGCCCUGAGCCCUCUGCUCCUGGUGUCCUCAUGGGGACAGCCCCGCCCCCGUCAGCGUCCCCUGUCCCCGGCGCUUGCCAGGAAGACUCUGUGGAGGGUAUGGAGCUCCGGGGUGCUGUCAGCCUCCCGCCACCCCAGGCAGGAGCCCAGUGGGCAGUGGCUGCCUUCUCAGGAACCACAAACCCCCCUGGGGCCGGGCAGCGGGUCAGCCUCCAGCCCCAGUCUCCCCUCCUCAACCUCAAAGUGGCCCCCGUGGGGGAUACCCAUGCCAAAGACCCGGCCUUGCGGAUCCCGCCCCCCUGCCAAGUGCCUCCUGGCUCUGGGUCUCAGAGCCCGGCCAGUCCUCAAGGGCUCCCAGCCGCGGAGCAGCAGGAUGACCAGGACAGCCUGGAGGAAGAGUCACCCCGGGCUCCGGGCUCAGGCCAGCACUCGGACAGCCAUGGGGAGUCAUCAGCUGAGCUGGAGGAGCAGGACCGGUCAGGACCACAGGCUGCACAGUGCCUGGCCCAGGCCUCGGCCAGUGGCAGCGAGGACACCGUGGCCAAAGCCAAGCAAAGCCGCAGUGAGAAGAAGGCCCGAAAGGCCAUGUCCAAACUGGGCUUGAGGCAGAUCCAAGGCGUCACCAGGAUCACCAUUCAGAAGUCCAAGAACAUCCUAUUUGUCAUCGCCAAGCCCGACGUUUUCAAGAGCCCCGCCUCGGACACCUACGUGGUCUUCGGGGAGGCCAAGAUUGAGGACCUGUCCCAGCAAGUGCACAGAGCCGCUGCGGAGAAGUUCAAGGUGCCCGCGGAGCCCUCCAUCCUGGUCCCCGAGUCAGCGCCUGGGCCGCGGGUGAGGCCAGAGCGCGAGGAGGACGACGACCAGGACGAGGAGGUGGACGAGGCUGGGCUGGAGCUUCGGGACAUUGAGCUGGUGAUGGCACAGGCCAACGUGUCCAGGGCCAAAGCCGUGAGGGCCCUCCGGGACAACCAGAGUGACAUCGUCAACGCCAUCAUGGAGCUGACCAUGUAGCCACUGACCCGCUCCCCGGCUCAAUCCCUGCCCCCAGCUCUGCUGCUCAGUAAAUGGGUGUCUCCGCCUCUCUGUUCCUGCUCCCGCUGCUCCCCAACAGCCUCUGGCUAAACGGCUGUGAGGGGG